AUGCCAAAGCGGCGUGUCGAAGGCGAAAUAACGGUUUCGGGUAGCUUGAAUGUGGAACGGCGUGGAGUUCCCAAGUUGACGGCGUAUUGGAGCGAUCUGUUUCACACGCUGAUCAACAUUCCUAACAUCCGCUUCUACCCGUUACUUCUGCUUGUUUACUCGCUGCUAUUUGGAGGGUUUGCGCUCCCCUAUUACUAUCAGUCUUUACAGUAUAAAUGCAUCCCAGGGGUUAAAAAUUACUGGCAUGCUUUAUGGUUCAGUGUUCAGUCCGCCAUGACCAUUGGGUAUGGGGGAGAAUUGGUCCCUGAUCCUGACUGCUUCACACUGAACCUCCUUAUAGCCCUCCAAUCACUUGCUGCUCUGAUUGUCGCCUAUUCCUUGCUGGGAAUAGUCUACACACGGUUUGCGCUUCCCUCCCGUCGAGCUUCAUCUCUCGUGUUCAGCCACUGCAUGGUGCUCAACGAGGAAGACGGAGUGCCUCGCCUUUCAUUCCGGGUAGCUAAUGUUCGCAAGCACCAACUCAUAGAGGCGCAUGCACAGCUGCUGGUGGCAAUCAACAAUAUUAUGAGUGAGGAGAAUGAGGCGCUCUUCAAAUUCUCCAACCUUCCGAUCCUUGGAGGGGGCUUCGUCUUUCUUGCUCUCCCGUGCAUCAUCACUCAUGCAAUCACGAAGCACAGCCCACUCCAUGGCAUGUCCCUUGCUAUGAUGGAGCGCGCUGACAUUGAGUUCCUUGUGCUUAUAGAAGGCGUGGAUGCUCCCACAUCAGCCAAACUGCAAGCACGGCAUUCCUACUCCCCUCGUGACAUCAAGUUCAACCACCGCUUCUGCACCAUGGUCAGGCGAUCACCAAGUGGAAUCCGACGUGUGGACUUCACCAAGUUUCACGACGUCCAGCCUGUCCCAGCUACUCUUCGCCGCCCCCACUUCCUCCCCCAUGCUCCCUCCUGGGAGAAUCUCCGCAACAUUCCAUCCCUCUCCACUCUCCCCAGCGUUCUCCGCCACCCCACUGCUGUCUCAACCGACAAGUCAGGCGCCAUCAUGGGCCGAAAGGAUGCCGCUCACCCCUUCCCAGCCCCUGAUGACUCUGCUUCUGCCUCUCAAGCCUCCCUGGCUUAUCCUCCCUCCGUUUCCGCUGCUGCUGCUGCUGGUGACUCCACUGCUCCUGUUGCAGCUGACACGAUUCGAAAAAAUUCAAGCUUCAUGAACAUUCUUUCUCUUGGGUUUGGGACUGGGUCAGGCUGGGGAGGUGGCGUAUGGGGGAGUGGAGUGUGGGGCGGUGGAGUGUUGUGGAGUGGGGGACCAGGCACGGGAGCAGAAGAAGGGUCAAGAGGAACAGUAGCAGCAGGAAGAGGGGGUUCACUAGCCAGUGGGAACACAGCUGGUGAUGUGGUCCGUGGAAGCAGUGUGAAUGCAAGCACUUCUAAUGUUGCUGCUGAGGACUGGAGAAGAGUCCUUGAAUGCAGAGCUGCAAGUGACUCGGCAGCUGUUGGGGGAGGAUCAGGAGGAGGGCUAGGAGGUGGGCGUGGACACGAAGGCGGAGCGAUGUUCCUGCCUCUGGCUGGCAUGGAGCAUGAAUUGUCCAUGGCCUCUCUCCCUCCAGUAAUUGAAGGCAGCUCCGGCAGCAGCAGCCCAGCCAGUGUGCCUCCAGCUGUUAUUUCGAACUCUGGCGUUUUCAAUCGAUCAGGUGCGUGGAAUACUGCUCAUGUAGGGACAUGGUCCAUGGAAACAACAGCAGAGGCUGCAGCGAGUGGAGCUGUGGUGAUAGCUUCUGUAGCAGUUGCAACCGCAUCAACGGCAGUCAUAGCAGGAGGUGGAGAUGCAGCAGCUACAGUAGGAACACCUGCAGGAUCAGUGGCACAGGCUCCUGCGUUUGAAGGAAGGAAGCAGAUGAGGCGCAUGGUUAAACGGGGGAGCGCGGAGAGAUGGGAUCGAAUUGGUGGUGGGAUGACAACAGAACAAGGGCGACUUAGCAGGCGGGUAUCAUUUGAGGUAUCACCUGUCGCUGAAAUGGUUGGUGAGGGAGGGGCUCAGCAAGGGGCUGAGCUUACAGCAGGGAGGGAAUGUGCAAGUGUUUUGACUGCAGCAGUGCUUUAUGGGGGGUCUAGAAGGGACGAAUGCUGCAAGAAAUUGACUCAAGGAGCAGACAGACACGAGAUUGAGGAAAUGGUUGUUGAAACUCCCAACAAGAAGGGGCGGAAGGAGCAGAGGGAUUUGGGUGGAAGAAGGCAUGGGAGGGCAUUUAGUGAACCAACCAUUCCUGUUCCCAGCAGCAAGCGAAACAGUGCUUCUAGCAGGAGCAGUAUGAGUGGAGGCAUUGGAGUUGGUGGCAGGAGGAGCAGUGGUGCGGGCAAGCAGGGAAGAAGUUCCGGUGCCUCAGGCCUGCCAGGCUGCUGGACAGAUCAAAGUCCGCUGCUGCUGAUGAAUUCCUUCAGUGUGCGCUCGGCAUCACACAUGCUGGAAAUGGAUGCACGCCACAGGAUUGCUGUGGCAGAGAAGAGGGAGCAGCAGUGGCGGGCACUUGUUGUGGAUCUUGCCAUCAAGGUGCAGAGCAGCAAAGCUCUCCAUGCGCCUGAUGUUGAUUGUCAUCCACUCCUCAAUAGAGCCAAGGAGUUUCUUGAAAAGGCUGCUGAAGAAGAUGAUGUUAUAGGCUCUUCUGAUUAG